GCAUGAUUACACGUAUAGAAUUGACGUGGCACGACUGUACUUUUCUCGACCUCAGAUUCUGGCCAAAGUCUUCAAAUUGCUUAUUAUUACCCAAGGAAAGGAAGGAAUUUUCAAAAAUCUAGAUUGACGUGUUACCACAUACCAACUUGAAGAUGGGAUUGUAUUUUUCAAGUGCUUUCAAUAGACUUUUCGGCAGUAGAACUGUCAGAAUAUUAAUGGUUGGACUGGAUGCUGCAGGGAAAACCACAAUCCUGUACAAACUAAAGCUAGGAGAAAUUGUGACUACCAUUCCAACAAUAGGAUUUAAUGUGGAGACUGUGGAAUACAAGAAUAUCAAUUUCACAGUGUGGGAUGUAGGUGGCCAGGACAAAAUCCGACCACUGUGGAGGCACUACUUCCAAAACACACAGGGUCUGAUCUUUGUUAUAGACAGUAAUGACAGAGAAAGAAUGGAUGAUGCAAAGGAAGAACUCAGCAGAUUAUUGGGUGAGGAAGACUUAAAGGACUCGGUUAUACUGAUAUUUGCCAACAAACAGGACCUCCCGCAAGCUAUGAGUAUCGGGGAUAUGACAUCAAAAUUUUCAGACUGCCUACAGAGAAAAAACUAUUUUAUUCAGCCUGCAUGUGCAACGCAGGGUACAGGACUUUACGAGGGAUUGGAUUGGCUAUCACAACAGCUCGCCAAGAAGUGAUUUCCCUGCCAUUAUCUAUAGACUUUAUUCCCCUGCAUUUUUAUUCUGCACAAUUUGGCAUGGUGUCUUGUAGUAAUAUCCUGUGUAUACUGUAAAAUCGGCAUUGUCCAGCAUCCAGCAGGAUUCUUUUCCAUGCGACGGUUAUGGACAUCCUCGUUAAAGCUUGUCGAACUUCAAGAAUUUUUCCCCGAGAUGUUUCAGGAUACCAUCACAAGAGAUACAAAUUCCUUUCUUGUAUGUCACAUCGUGAAGAAGUUGUAUAUUCAUAAGACAUUUGCAUUGAAAAUUCACAAAUUUUCCAGAUUUAUCCCUGGGAGUGUAUAAAGGAAAUAUACCAUCACAGUAGAUAGGAAUUUUCUUCUUGUAUGUUGCAUUCUUUAAGAAACUAUUUUUAACAUUAUAUGAAUUUUUGUGAAUUGACAAAACUAAACUCAAUGUUUAACAGUUAGUAAUAAAUCACUUUCCAUGUCAAGGACCUUACAGAUCUUAGAUUUUUAUCAUUUCAUCAACAGUUUACCAUGAAGUCAAUUUCAGAGAUUAUACUGUAGAUCUUGGAUGUUUGUUGUGAAAAUUUCUGAGUCUAUGAACUUGAGAAGUUGUUUACUGUGUCAUUGUUUCAAACCAAAGCCGAAUAAAAAAAAAACAUAGAUAGAACAACUCUUGAAUUUGUAUUUGUUAAUAGAAGAUAAUUCUGUGGAAUAUUAGCUUAUGAUAUUUAUAUGAUACUUUUCAUUCUAAUAGUUUGGAAUUUUCACAUUAUAUUCAACAGCUGGGAAUAUGAUAACAGUGAUAUUUCAAGAGUUAGGGCCACUAUCAUGUGAUCAAGUGGAAUAUUUCUAGCAUUCCAUCCGAUGUAAUUAUUGAAAAAAAAGGUAAUUGAGAAAAUCAUGUCCCAUAUCACAAUUAGUUAUUAUGUCCCCAUAAUAAUCAUAAAAAUGUGACUUACAUGAAGCUCUUUAUGGCAUCAUAGAGUAUCAUUGCACUUCACAGUACAUUGCAAUGCUUAUUGCCCACAUCGUCUAUUUUGUGCAUUUUCACAUGCAUAUUUGACAAUGCAAUAUGGUACCAUAUUGAACAGCAAGUCUUGUACAGUAGCCCAUGGGAUUUUUGUCAGACUUUGGUGCUUUGUGCAAUAUGCUCUCAUACUGCACAGGAAAUCAUGCAGACAAAAGAACUGCUUUUGAUGCAUUGUUAGUUAAUCCUAUAUAGAUAAUAAUGGCUUGCAUUUAUAUAGCACUACUCAUGUUUGAUAUUAAAUGCAUUUAGUACCUAUAGAAAGUCGAGUUUUGCAUCCCCUCUGUAAAGAUUAAUGAUGAUGUCCCCACGUUUUUAUUUCCUGAAAUUGUUUAAACCAUCGCACUUCAUUAUUGUCUAAGUUGAUUAAUUCUGAUAGCAAAUAUUAUACUGAUUUUUCAAAGGUUUUGGUAAUUAUGUGGGGAAAGUCAUGAAUGCAUUUCUUUUUAUACAUUACAUAUGAAGUUUGGGUAGUGAGAGAACAGCAUGAUAAACAGUGAAAUAACGGGGAUAUUCCAGUACUUUUACUGCUAUAUUUGCGGAGAUACAUGCUCAUCCACAAUGAGUAGAAAAGGUGUGUGGAUUGACAUCAUUAUCAACUACCUUAAUUAAGUAUCACAUCCAUGUAUAUAUCAGUCUUAUCUGAUUUUCUCCUCAUGUGUGCAGGAAAUGUAGCAGAGUAAAUCAUAUGCCCAGAUUGACUUGCACUUUAAGUACAUGAUUUUAUCAACGAUGAUUGAAUACAUGUUCAACAAUUUUCAUUGAGCACAUUUGCACGUCUCUUAUUGAACCAACUGCCACUACAUGAUAUGCCAAGUUGAUGGCAUGUUUUUAUUGCGCUUGAGAUAUUAUAACUCUUCUAAGUUAGUCCAAUGGUUGGUUGAAUGUUUGCUACUUCUGCAGCAACAAAUGUUUGUUUUGUUAUAUUUAUUUUAUAUUUGUUGCUCUUGAUGGAGAUACCACAUGUAAUGUCAAAUUUCAGUCACGUCUGCGUAAGUAGACCUUUCGUGAGCUUGAUAAGUUCAGUUUGGUGUGUAUAUUUCAAUAAAAAAAAAUAAUGUACAAGAGUAACAUAUACAGCAAAUAUAGUUUGAAGAUAUGGAAGAAAAGGAGACUUAAAAGUAGGUUUGCAAAACUUUUAAGGAAUAGUCCCCAACAAAAAUGUUACAAGAUUACUUGGUUUCAAUGUCACUAAGUUUGAAAUAAUUGCCCAUGUCGAACAUACAUGUAUUGUUGUCCUAAGAGAUUUCGGCACACUCGCCCGUAAAUCUCAUAUUUCGAAAAACAAAGACAAGACGGUCUUUGAAUGUGGUACUUUGACCUGACGUAUAAGCUAGUGGAAAUGACACAAUAUGACUUUAUUUUUCAUUUAAUUGAUCAAUAGGAAUAAUAAAUAUGUUUCAUCCCUUUUUCACCCCCCCCCCCCUUCCCUGGUACUAGUAGUACAAUCCCCCAGACAACAAAAAAUGAAUAUGUAUAGGGAGACAAGGAAAAUACAAAUAAUAUACUCCUCUCCUUCCUAUUGCUCAUGAAAACUACUCUCGUAGAAGUUUGUAAAUGACUCGCUUAUAUCUGAUGUCGGAUUCAAUAUUGCUGUUGUUGUUAUCUUGGGCUUUUAAAAGGCAUGUACUAUUCAGAUAUGAAUAUGUAAAAAUAUUUAUGAAUAUUUCAAGUAACCAUAUUGUAUAGACUUGAACAUAGCACUUGACAGAUUUGUUUUCUACUAUUGUACCAGUAAUUUGUUAAUACUAUAUUUCAGUAUGUUUUGUCACAUUGACCCUGUUCCAAAGUCCAGUUUAACUUAAACCGUGGUUCAAGUCUGUGCUAAAAUCAUAGGAAGCCAAUAAUGUCAAAUUUUGUUAACAUAGUAGAUUUCUUAUGUCUAUGGUGAAGAGAUAUGUUAAAGUUAUUAUUUCCAGACCUUUUUUAUGAAUGCAUUGGGUACCAAAUGUACAUGAAUCGAGCCUCUACUGUAAGAGGUCUAUGUCAAAGUUGGCUGUCCAUAGUUAAACCACAACUUUACACCUGAGUUGAAUUAAAUCAGAGUUAAGUAUAUGGGCCAUUGUCAUGUUUUUCUUUUUAUCUAUUUUCCCAAUAAUCCUGAUUGCAUUCCACCAUUUCAUAAUUUGUUUACAUUAUUCAUUUAGUUCAUUGCAUAAGUAACGCUUACCGUAAGAAAAGGGAAGGAAUUAAAAAUAUUAGUUUGCUUCAAGUCCCAGCUUACUAGGCUUGGUAUCUGAAUGAUGGUUUCUAUAUUUUCCUCAAUGUUUAUCACAAUGUAGGUGUAGUAUUCAUUCACUUGGUGGAAAUGUAAGCUGAAAUUUCAUAGCUUUAGUUCAAAUGUUUUUUGUCUACUUUGGAGAAAAAAAUAUUCUCCAUCUCAAUUUGCACUUUGCUUCAAAUCAAAAUUGUAAAUAUAACUUGAAUAUACUGACAAUUCCCCCCCCCAUGAUAAAUUUUAAGAUAUAUGUAUACAUAAUUAUUGUCUUUAAUAUACAGUAGUGAUUGUUAUGUUUUACAUGUAAGAGGAAAGAAAAUGUGAUUCUGGGUUGAUAGGGGAAAUUUUCACUAUAACCAUUUGCUAUUCACAUUAACUGAUAGAGGAGUUGUAAAUAAGCGAAAAUCUUAGAAAUAUAUAAAUAUUUCCAUGCAGAUAUUUUGGCAUACACAUGCUUAACAAUAGGUUUGAUGGGUAGAUUUUCACUUAUGCACAGUUUUGUUUAAUCUGAUUUUUUUUGUUGGUUUGAUUUUCAUGAUUUUCACUCUUAAUUUUCACGAAAAAUUGUGUUUCACAUGAAAUACUUCUUUUUUUGUACUUAUGUGUUUUAUGAAAUUCUGUUAAUUCCAUUUUCUUCAUGAAUUCCAUUAUUUGUUUCUGUUUUCCCCAUAUCGGAAAAAUGGGGAUUUUCAUAUUUAUUUGACAUAAUUUGCUGCCAUGUACACAGAAUGAGGUCUCUGCUAAAAUAAUAUAAAUAAUGGCCCCAAUUGGCCUUAUUAUACAGAGCUUCUGGGAGAUUAAAAAAAAAUCUGAGGCAUUGUCUACAUGUAAGUAUUCUCUUUCUUCUUUGUUAUUCUUAUUUAUUCAUUGUUUUUGUAUGUUCCAUUACAUAUAUUGUGAAAGUAAAUGAUUAUUUUACAAUGUUAGUAGUUACCUAAAAAAGGAAAUUUAAUGUGGGGGCUGUAUGGGGAUUUAGUUUCUUUAUUGCAUAAUGUAUGACUCUGCCAUUGUUAACAGAUGACAGAAAUAUUACUUGUAAUUUAGUUACACAGAAAAGAGCUACAUUGAUUACAACAGUGUAUGAUAAUGAUUGAUGAUAUAAAUAAUACAAAUAUCAUGUAAA